CCACUUACUAACAAACUUGCCUUGGAAGGUAAUGGACUGUUUUAGUGGGAAAAAAGAGGUCAAGAAAAAGAAAGAGAAUAGUCAACUGAAAUCAACCAACCAGGCUAAGCCUCUGCCAACCAGGCCGUUGAAAACCAAAACGUGCAGCAGGAAGCCAGGAACCCAUCAGUCUUCCCGAUUUCGCCUACCAUUCAUAAAAACUCUUUCUGCUCAAGAACUGAGAAGUGUGAAACUACAAAGGGAAAUCCAAAUUCAGCAGCAAUUCCGCAAACGAGAAAACAACAAGAAGAAGAAUCGGAAAUUCCCAUUCCCAUUCCCUAGUUCUCACCCUCAUCCUUUCUUUUUCUCGGUCCUGUCUUUGAUCCCAAGAAGAAGAAGAAGAAGAAGAAUAGUGGGGCGCAUUUGCUGGAAGAAAGAAUGGCGAGAGCUGGAGGGAUUUCAAAUGCGGUCAAUGUAGGGAUCGCUGUCCAAGCCGAUUGGGAGAAUCGCGAGUUUAUCUCUCACAUCUCCCUCAACAUCCGUCGCCUCUUCGAUUUCCUCCUCCAAUUCGAGGCUACGACUAAAACAAAACUGGCGUCGCUGAACGAGAAGCUCGAUACUCUGGAGCGUCGACUGGAGCUGCUUGAGGUCCAAGUCGGUACCGCAACAGCCAACCCUUCCCUUUUCAAUACCUGAACUUUUUUUCCAGUCUGAAUUUUCGCUACUGCGGCUCCUACUUGUAAGCGUAUCUCUCCGUGAUCUUCUAUGUCUGCUGUAGAAGCUUGAAUUUGUACUGUUAUACUUCCGAGUUCCAAUAUACAUAAAUCUACAUUUAGCUUCUGCGUUUAUGAUCUAUGUGCCUAUUUGCGCUGUAAACUGAACGGAAUUCCAGUGUUUGAUGAUGGAGAACAAUUUGAAUAGACUAUGGCAUAACCCGUUAUUGCCAGUGCUUAACUUAGUACGCCAGGUAGCUACUUCGUCCUUUUAGCAAAAACCCCACCAGAAACACAAGAAACGCCAUUCUGUGGCUGUCUUGCACCAAGGAGUGCAGAUAGAUAAUUAGGUUACUGUUCUGCAUCUCUUUGUUCUAUGAAUAUGUGAGCGGAGUUUGUGAUAAGGUAACCAAUUACGCACCGUCCUUGGUCUGUAAUUGUUAUGUCCUUUCACACUUACAGCCACCAUGCAUCGGAUAUGGUAUCUGGUCU